AAGAAACAGAAAUAAAAACCCAGAAACAAGUAAUCUUAUUGCAAAAUCAUUCUUAUUUCUUUGAAUCUUUGAAAAUUAAAAUGGCAGUUGCUUCAGGUACUGAGAAGAAGAAGGAAGGGAAAAUGAAAAGCCCAAUUAAGAAAGAAAAGGUCAGUGAAAAGGCUAUUUCUUCUUCACCCGCCAAGCGCAAUAAUAAUCCAGGAAUACGUCUUGUUCAUGGUCGAAUCUAUGAUUCUAAUAAUGGCAAGACAUGCCAUCAGUGCCGCCAAAAGACUUUGGACAUUACGGCUGGGUGUAAGAGUAUGCGAAAUAAUAAGCCUUGUCCAAUUCAUAUCUGUGAAAAAUGCCUACUAAACAGGUAUGGUGAGAUUGCAAAAGAAGUAUCACUUUUGGAGGAUUGGAAAUGUCCAAAAUGCAGAGACAUUUGCAACUGCAGUUUUUGCAUGAAGAGACGGGGUUGCCAACCCACUGGUCAACUUGUGAAGACAGCAAAGGCAACUGGAUAUUCUUCUGUUUCAGAUAUGCUGCAGACUAACGGGAUCACUAAUGUUGAUCAAAUCCAAGCUCUGAAAGACAAGAGUGCCUCACGGAAAAAGAUUAAUAUGCCGAAGAAUGAGGAGGAAAGCAUUGUUUCUACAGAAAAUAUUGGGAAGGAAAAUUGUAUUGAAGAGAUGAUAGACGUAAAUGUGAAUCCUUCUUAUUUUUCAAAAAAUCCCUCUGAUAAGCAAUCUGCGGGAUGUAAAAGGAAAAAGGUUAAUGAAAAGCCUAAGAAAAUUAGUCUUCUCGGCAAGGAAAAAUCUAAGAGAGUCAAGCAAGAGGGAUCAACUGAAGUGAAUGGCACAAUAAGCAGUCCUAACAAAAAGAGAUCAGCGGAAGAAACUCCAUCAGAAGAAUCUCAAGAUUCUGGAAAGAACAACAAGGAAAGAUCUGUAUCUGUCGAGGAAGAUUCUGUGAAGGAUAACACUAUUGAAAAUGAUCCUUUUGCCUUGACUUCAUUGCCCCAGGGCACUGGUUUGACAGCUGUUGGUGGCAUUGAUUUACAGUCGGAAGAUGUUGGGAAUGCAUUUCAAUUUUUAGAGUUUUGUGCGGCCUUUGGAAAGAUACUUGACAUCAAGAAGGGGCAACCAGAAGCUGUUCUUAGAGAUAUAAUGCAGGGGAGAAGUUCACGACGUGGAAAAUGUUCUUUGACGAUACAGUUUCUUAAUAACCUACUAUCUUUCUUAAAAGAGGAGGAAGAGGAAAGAUUUUCUGCCGAAACCUCGACAGAAGGAAAAAACUCAUGUUAUGCUGAUAUUAAAAUGUGCAUCUCUGAAUCUCCUAUUGUUUCAAAAACCAUGGGAUUGGAUUCAUUAGGUGAUGACGCUGAAGAAUUUGAGAACUUGAAUCCCUCAGAAAAGCUCAAGAUAUUAAAUUUUAUCUGCGAUGAAAUUCUUGAAACUGUAAAGAUAAGGGAUUGGAUUGAUGAUCAAAACUCAAAAUUUGCUGAAAAGGCAAAGGAAGCAAAAGAAAAAGUUGCUGCUGCAAAAGAUGAGGAGAAGCGCCUGAAGCAGAAAAUGCAGAACGAGAUAGCUCAAGCCAUUAUCGAAAAGAAUGGUGCUCCAAUCUCAAUAUCGGAACAUGAAGCAAUUGUUACUCAAAUUAAACUUGAAGCAGCAGAAGCUCAUGCUUCUGUGAUGGAGUCAAAGAACACUUAUUCAAAGUAUAAUCAAAGAUCUGAAGCUGUUAGGACGGAGCCUUUCUUUUUAAACACUGAUGGUAAUGUGUAUUGGAGACUAAACUGCUAUGGUGACAAAUCCUUUCUUUUAUGUCAAGAUAUAGGAACUGGUGAUACUGCUGCAUCAGAUGAAAAAUGGUCUGCUUUUGAUGUUGAACAGAAAGAAAUCAUUGAGAAGCGCAUUAAUUCUUUAAGUUGCAGGGUAAAGAGGGUUAGAACUCACAAGGCCGUGCAGAAACUUCCAUCUCCGAAUAGUGAAGCUGCUGCUUAAGAUCUUUCUGAUUUUGGACAAUCACUUGGUAGAACCGAGUGACUUGCAAAUCCACAGUACCAGAGAAGAAGAGGACGGAAGAAAGAUUACAUUUCAAUAUGCUACCUUCUGUUGUUACUUUUUGUCAAACUAUAGGAAUAUUGUAAUUGAUGUUGUAUCUAGCUUUGUUGUACUCUGUACUGUGCCUUCUCCAUCCACCUCCUUUAGAUGUUUCGUCUUGAACUCCAUAUAAUGGUAGCAUGGUUUUAUUAUAACAAACUUGUUGCUACAGUCAAACUUCUUUAUAAACAAUCGCCUUUUAUAAUAUUAUUUUACUUAUAUCCAA